AUGGAUCUGCUGGAGAGGAGCGCCACUAUUAAGGCCGAGGCGGGGGAGGCCCAGCGGAAGGAAGCGGAGAGGAAGGAGCAGCAGCAGGAGCAGGAGACCCAGCAGCAAGGCCAAGGACUCACCGCCAGACCCCCGCUCGCCAACGGCAGGUCUGGAAUGUUGCCAAUGUCGAGCCCUCCAGCAAAUCCAGGACAGCUUACCAUUUUUUAUGGUGGGUCAGUAUGUGUGUAUGACUCAGUGCCACCAGAGAAGGCUCAAGCAAUCAUGCUCAUUGCAGCAGCAGCAGCUGCGGCCUCAAAAAGCAAUGGCACCGCUGCUGUUAAGCCUCCAGCGAUGUCUGCGACCAAUGCUAUCCAAGCCAUGCUUACGCGGUCGCUCUCACUUCAGAGCACUUCUGUAGCAAAUGGACAACCUCAGGCUGUCGCGGAUCCUGGCUCGAUUUGCAAGCUUCAGGCUGAUCUUCCCAUCGCCAGGAGACACUCCCUUCAGCGCUUCCUGGAGAAGCGCCGUGACAGGGUGGUGAGCAAAGCUCCUUACGGCGCCGGGAAACCGUCCGAAGGCAUGGGAGCAUCUUCUGGGAUGGAAGCGGUUGCGGAGGGCAAGGCCCAGUAA